CAGAGGAAGAGCCGUUUACGGAUUUCUCAACUUCUUCUUCUUCUUUGUGUGACUUAUUAUUAUUAUUAUUAUUCUCAAAUUUACAGACUUUAAUCAAAUCGAAACAAGUUUCUCUGUGUAACGUUUGAUUCCCUUAGUUGUUAAAAAAAUGCCUUGUCGGGAGGUAAGAUCAUGGACAUUGAAAGGUUUAGUAUCUGCGUUUCUUGAUCUCUCUGUAGCUUUCACACUUCUUUGUGCGUCCUGUCUCGUUUAUUUAUCAUCCAAGUUCCUUAAUUUGUUUGGUUUAGACCUCCCAUGUCCUUGUGAUGGCUUAUUCAGUAACCCGAAUAAGAACAAGUGUUUUCAAGAACGUUUAGGUAACGUUUCUGUGGAAAAGAUCUCUUCUGUUCAGAGAUCUGUUAUAAAGAGAACACCUUUUGAUUCGGUUCUGUAUAAAGGGGAGAUGGAAGAAGAGGUUGGUAGUACUCCUUCUGUGAAAAGGGUUGAUUCAUGGGUUGAGAAUAAUGCUUCAGGUUUCGAUCUUUUGACCGCGCAGAGUAUGAAAAAAGGAAGCUUUAGAGUUAAGAGUAAGCGUUUUAGCUUUUAUAAGUCGCCGUAUGGUCUCAAGAACCAGUUUCAGGGGAAUCUAAGGCGUAAGAACUUUGAGAAAUCACUUUAUGUUGAGGAGAAUGAUCCUCUUCUUGUGAAGUCCCAAGAUAAUGGAAAAACUUUGGAGGAUGUGUCAUUGAGGAAAAGUGUUUCACUAAGUUCAGUUGGGUGUGAAACUGAUACUCAUAGUAAACAACCGGAAAGGACAUUUUCGUGGGCGGGAGAGGGUACAUGUAGUUCCCCUGUGGAUAUAACUUAUAGUGGUAUGAGACAAAAGACUAUUGAGAUUCUAGAGCAAGUGGUUGCAGAAGAACGAGCUGCACGUGCUGCGUUAGCUCUUGAACUCGAGAAAGAGAGAAACGCUGCUGCAUCUGCUGCGGAUGAGGCUUUGGGUAUGAUAUUGCGGUUACAAGAGGAGAAAGCUUCGGUAGAAAUGGAAGCUAGGCAGUAUCAGAGGAUGAUAGAAGAGAAGUCUGCUUUUGACGCGGAAGAGAUGAGUAUUCUUAAAGAGAUAUUGCUGAGGAGGGAGAGGGAAAAGCAUUUUCUGGAGAAGGAAGUUGAGAAUUACAGGCGAAUGUUUCUUGAGAAUGAGCAACCUCUGCCUAACACACCAGAUUCAAAACCAGCUCAUAUCGAAAGAUCGCCAACGCCACAAAAGAGUACUGAGCCAUGGGAUGACAUGGAGUCUGCGGAUGUGUCUUCUGGAUUUGAGAUCUUCACUAAUCAGAUGGACAGUCGUUUACUUGCGCUUGGAAGCAGCUCAGUGCUUACUGGAGAUUAUGAUAAUGCUGAUUGGGUUGAGAAUGAUAACGAAAUCAAGGUGAAUAGAGUAGACCAAAAGCAUGAGUGUGAUCAGUCAAGAAGUGAUCCAUUUGAUGUAGAACUGAAAGAAAGAGAAGAGGGUGGCAGUUCAUUUCCAGAACUAGUAACAAGAACUCGCGACAUCGCUGAUUCGAAGAAGCUUGGUGAGGAGUACUCUCCUGACAUUGAUUGCCAUGUACAUGAUAUCCAUGUAGUGACUAAUGAAGAUAACAAAGUGCAACUGACUGUUGUUCCUUCUGACCAUGCCAUUCAAGAUCUCAAACUAGACAGGUCACGAAGUGUUUCAAAUACAAGUUCUGGACUUCCCCCGGCAUUUCCACCAGGACAAAGGAACAUGUCUCCAAAUAUGCGCAGAAAUUCAAUGUCCGCUGUUGACUAUGAAAGACUGAAGAUAGAGAGUGAAGUCGGGUUGCUGAGAGGACGGUUGAGAGCUGUACAAAAGGGAAGAGAGAAGAUCAGUUUCUCUACUAAAGAACAGAGCAAAUCGCUGGUGCAUCGUCAUGGAGAUAAGACAAGCCGGUUUUGGGAGGCCAGAAGAUCUGGACCUCUGGACACUUCUAGCCCUUCAUCCACAAUGGUAAAGGCCAUGUCUAUGACACUGGACCUGCAUAGUGCUUGAAACUGCAAAGGUAUGUACUUACUCGAAUAACACGAAUAUACACCUAGUGGAUACACGAUCGUAGUUUGUACAAUCUCUUCCAAAAACUCUAAUGUUUGAGGGUAUGAGAGAUUUCUCUUCUUGUGUUUGUCACAAACAUUGUACUCCCAACGACGUCGUUUCGGAAUUAAAGUGACACUUUUGUUGUGGCUGUCUUAAUCAUACUAUGGUCGGGUGAAAAGUUUUAGUUUCUUUAUCUUUCAAUUCCUAUGCUAACACUUUGUUUGUAUAUUUUGAAAUACCAUUUAAAAUUAAAAAAAUGGCAUUAUUAUA